CGUCGAAGAGCUCCCGGAAGGGGAGGAUUUUUGGUGCUAGGGCCCGCGUCAACCAGCUUCCCCGCGCCCCAUGCAAAUAUCUUGGGAAGAUCUCUUGAAGCAUUAAUGGGAAAAGCUGAGCUUUCCGAAUUCGAUUCACUAUUCCAUAUUUCACCUUCUCCAGCUUAUGACUCUAUUCUCAUCGACUACGCUAUUUCAACCGGAGUUGACCUCAACUCUGUUGUACCAACACCAUGGACCACGCGCCUCUUCUCCGAAACCCGCACUUACACGACCAGCGCCGGCGCCAAGGCGCCGAUCGUAGCCAAGCGAAAGUACAAGCCUGUCGCGCGAAAGAUUCGCCCAGUGCCAACUUACCAACCCGACCCGCGGAAACACUUUUUCCGCGACAUACCCCGAGCUAAGCCAACGAUUUUACCUGUCAACCCUCCCGACUACACAACCCUAGCUUUUGGACAACGUGUCACCCGCGAGCGCCUAGACUCCAUGCUGAGCAACAUUCAACCGGGAAUACUACUACCAUCCAACAAUAUCAUUUAUAGUAAAGGGUUAAUGUCAUUGUCAAUUUGGCUUCCCACCACCACCACCGCCGCCCACUGGCACGACGACUCCGAAGAAGAAAAGCAUCCCUGCGCUGAUGCUGCGCCCUGCACACGUGCCCGCGCCCCCGAAGCAUGGCCGGCGCACACGCAAGACCCGCCGUCGCUCACGUGGACGAAGCCCGCCCCGCGCGCGCGUUCGCGGACCCCGCGAAGGCACGAGUGCCAAGGCUUAGGGCUGGAGGAGAGGGCCUGCUGCAGAGCCGAAGGAACCGUAACAGAACGGGGAGGGCAAGGGUCGGGAUGGACGCGCCACGGCGGUGGAACGCGCCGGUGCGCGCGGGGUGCUGCCCGCGUACGACGAGGCGGUGCGGCUCAUCCGCGCGGGCGCGGUGCGGCGGGAGGCACAGGCGCUCUGGGCGGAGUUGAGGAGACGGGGCAGGGGCGGAUGGUUGAUGGCACAUCGGCGAUCGAUCGCCGUUUUUCUUUCUUCCUUUCCCCCCAUCUCCCGCCACCUCACAAGCCCAUUAACGGCCCACUCGUCGUCCAUUCCCCACCGCAAUCAUCUCAAAACCCAAGUUCAUCAACACUCAAGACCUCCUGGACUCAAAAUCCGACUUUUUCAAGCACUCAAGUUGUCGAGCCUCAAGCUCAAGACUUCCACCAACUCUCAGGGCUACACGUUCUCGGCCCCGACCACUAUCCCCCACUGGCACGCGGGCCAUUGCUGCUUAGGAUCUGUUCGCAGCCCGGUAUUGCGCAGGCCGUCAACAGGGCUGACUACCCCAUACGCUGGCUGACAUCGCCGCUGAAGAAGUGGCGACAGCGCGGUCGCCCACUCGGGCUGAAACAUACUGCGCUGGGAAUGUCGGGAGGGACACGUUCGCGCUAG